AUGGAGGGUUUUUGGCGGUUGCAAUCCAGCGACGACAGCGACGUCGAUACUGACAGCGACCUGGAGAGCUUGAUAGAUCUGGGUAUAUCCAAUGGCAAAAGUGCUAAGACCAGCGCUACGGCCACGAGAAAGACUCCAGCAACAAAGGGCAGGACAGCCCAGGAGGACCUAGAGGAUACUGAAGAGGAUGACGACAUGGAGUUGGGCAGGGAGGAGACUUCGAAAGGCAAGAGUGCUAAGACGAGCGCUAUGGCCAAGAAGACCUCGUCAAAGAAGAGAAAGGGCAAGACAGCUCAGGAUGAAGAACGUGUUUGUGAGGGAAAGUCGCCGGCCUGGGUCAACUUCGAGACGAUGUUUUUCGGCAUCGUCAACGGGCAGGAGAUCUUGCGUGCCUUGAAUCAGAGGUUCCCGCGCCUCAAGGCCGAGGAGCUCGACGACCUGCUGCCAGACACUAUACCCGACGAGGCGUACGAUGAGGACUGGACGGCCGAAGACGAGGCCAGCCUCAAUGAAACGUGGCAGAAGGACCCCCUGCGCGAAAGUCUCAUCGACUACAAGGACUCGACACUUCCAAAGCUAUUUAGAGCCAGCCUAAGGAUUUUCCACAUCUCACCCUUUGAGAUCAUCUCGGCCAAGUAUUUCCUCGGAUACGAAGGCAAAUCCGCUGACAAGUCUCAGAAGUGGACAACAACCUUCUCGCAGUAUAUGUACGAGCUGAUUAUUCAUCCCCUCUGGGACUUCGACCUCAAUAUGUUCAGAACUGCUAUGCAGUAUGCCGUCAUAUUGCGCAAUCGAGACGUCCGUACCUGGAAAUUUGUCGCACCAGACAACGACCCUUUCUUUCAAACAUUCAAGCAGGUCAUUGCAGACUUCAAGGGCCAGGAUAGGCCCAUUGCAGAGCAUCACGCAGAGGUUCGCGAACGCCUGAAGAGCCGGGCGCUCAAGAUUCCGCCAUACUCUGAGUUCCUGCGGCGCCUCGAGAGUGUGGCCGUAGUGCGCAAAGACAUCGGUACCGAUAUCACCGACGAACACGGGCCGGUACUGGCCUACCGCGUCAACAACAACGAUCUGAAGUAUAUCAAGGAGGCGUUGGAUAGCCUGGCCAAUAUCGGCAUGCCCUACUUCCUCUCCACGGAAGUCUAUUCACGCUACAUCCUCGGCAGCCGGCAAGACGUCGGAAAGGGGGCGCACAAGGGAGAGGAGAACAAGGACGAACCGCCCGUCGGCGGGUCCAACUUGAAGGAAUACAUCGGACGGGCUCUGCUGGCGCUCCGCAGAGGCGAGACUAAGGAAGCGAAGCGGAGGAAGCGGCUGAGGCAAGAGAGCCAGGACGAGAUCAUGCAGGCCGAAUCAAGCGCGUUGGCAGAGACACAAGCUCAGCUCAAUGCCGAGAAAGAGUCAACGAAUAAGCUACGGAUCAGGCUGAAGGCAAGAGACACCAAGAUUGCCCGACUCGAGAAGGAGUUGGAGGACCUCCGAAACAAGGCUCCGCAGGGGGCCCCGCAGAGCAGAGUCGAUAUCUCCGAUAUUUCGAGCAUCCCAUACAUAUCCGAAAAGGCAAGUGCUCUCACAGUCCCACUGCCAGCACAACUUCCCUCCCAGGUCAACUUCUUCAUGUAUAUCAAGGAGACCACCCAAGAGUUGACAGCCAGAUUGGAAGGAAAGCGCAGCGAAGCUGAGUAUCUCAACAAGGUAAGACGGGAUCUACAAAAGCGCACUCCAAGCUUGGAGGCCAUUGAAUUGACAUUUCCAACCGAUAGAAUGGAAUGGGACGCAGAGAUGGGCAGGCAGGAGCAGGAAAUCACCGAUAGCAGUGCCCUCCGCAACGAGCCGGAACGCAUUCUUGACAUCGACCCUGCGCCCAGUGCUCCCGAUCCGAAGAGAAAUCAACCUGCCGGCCAAGAGGUCGAUAAUGAACUGAUGGCUCUCCUUCCAAAUUCCCUCAAGUACAAGAACGAAGCUACGACACAAACAGCCACGGCGAAAGAAAAUCUGAAAACCGGCAAGAAGGUGCUGGAGUCACUGGAAACAAUUCUUGCGACGCAGGAGAAUCUGAACAAGGAGCUUGAGGAAAAGACUUUGAAACUAGAGAAGUCCCUCGUCGAAAAGGACGCCGCGAUUAAAGCGCUCGAGGAAGCCAAAGACAAAGCUGAAACUCACAGGAAUAGUUACAGAAAGCAACUCAUGACCUUGAGGGCAAGCGACAUCAUGUACAAGGAGCACGUUGUCAAGGUUGAGAGAGAUUGCGACCGAUACAAGAAAGAAGCAACACAGCUUCGCAGCGAACUCGAAAAGGCGAAACAGAAGUACGAUAAGGACAUGCAAGAGUCAGAGGACAAGCGCGAGAAGGCAGUCUCAUCAGCCACCAAGGCGCACGAGGCCUCCAAGCUAUUACACGAGAAGGAAUUGGAACAGAUGCAACAACGCAUCGACGAGGCUACGACAGCCCGCGACUCUGAGAAACUGGCGAUGGAAAAGCGCAUCGAAGAGUAUGAGAACAAGGUUGAGAAGUUACAGCAAAAAAGCAAAGAGACUGCAGACGCGCAUACAAGCACAACGAAAGAUUUACAGAAGCGUCUUGAUGAUGCUGCUGCCACACACAAGACUGAGAUGGAGGAGAUGUAA